GGGGGAGGACCACUGAUGAGAGAGCAGGCGAAAGAAGGGGAAUACUUUGAAAGGCACUGAAGGAUUACCGCAUUUAUCUGUCGGAUACCGAGACAGUUUUUACGAUUUCUUAGUUUGCUGCACCUGGUGGCCUACUGAGUUCUGUUUCUGGUCUCCAGCAGUGAUGUCACAGCGGAGCGGGCAGGAGGACCCGGAGCGGUACCUCUUUGUGGACCGUGCUGUGGUCUACAACCCGGCCACGCAGGCGGAUUGGACUGCCAAGAAGCUUGUAUGGAUACCCUCAGAGCGCCAUGGCUUUGAGGCUGCCAGCAUUCGUGAGGAGCGUGGAGAUGAGGUGAUAGUGGAGCUGGCGGAGAAUGGGAAGAAGGCAGCAGUCAACAAGGAUGACAUUCAGAAAAUGAACCCACCCAAGUUCAGCAAGGUGGAGGAUAUGGCAGAGCUCACCUGCCUGAACGAGGCCUCUGUGCUGCACAACCUCAAGGACCGCUACUACUCUGGCCUUAUCUAUACAUACUCUGGUCUCUUCUGUGUGGUCAUAAAUCCUUACAAAAACCUGCCCAUUUAUUCCGAGAAUAUCAUCGAGAUGUACAGGGGCAAAAAGAGGCACGAAAUGCCCCCUCACAUCUAUGCCAUCUCAGAGUCUGCUUACAGAUGCAUGCUACAAGAUCGAGAGGACCAAUCAAUUCUUUGCACAGGUGAGUCUGGAGCUGGAAAGACAGAAAACACCAAAAAGGUCAUCCAGUAUCUUGCACAUGUUGCCUCAUCCCACAAAGGAAGGAAAGAGCAGUGCAUUCCUCCAGAGUCGCCUAAACCAGUGAAACUACAGGGCCAAAAUGCAGUUAGUGGAUCCCUGUACUAUGGCGAAUUGGAGCGUCAGCUUUUACAAGCCAACCCCAUCCUCGAAUCGUUUGGGAAUGCUAAAACGGUGAAAAAUGACAACUCCUCACGUUUUGGAAAAUUCAUUCGGAUCAAUUUUGACGUCACAGGAUACAUUGUUGGGGCCAACAUUGAAACCUAUUUACUGGAGAAGUCAAGAGCCAUUCGCCAAGCCAAAGAUGAGCGCACCUUCCAUAUCUUCUACCAGCUGCUGGCAGGGGCAGGAGAGCAUCUCAGAUCGGACCUUCUUUUGGAGGGCUUCAACAACUACCGAUUCCUGUCCAACGGUAACAUCCCCAUUCCUGGCCAACAGGACAAAGACAACUUCCAGGAGACCAUGGAAGCCAUGCACAUCAUGAGUUUCUCCCACGAUGAAAUUCUGGCCAUGUUGAAAGUUGUGUCUGCAGUGCUUCAGUUUGGCAACAUAGUCUUCAAAAAGGAGAGAAACACAGAUCAGGCCUCUAUGCCUGAAAACACAGCUGCCCAGAAGUUGUGCCAUCUACUGGGGAUGAAUGUGAUGGAGUUUACUAGAGCCAUCCUCUCUCCCAGGAUCAAAGUGGGAAGGGACUAUGUCCAGAAAGCCCAGACCAAAGAGCAGGCUGACUUUGCUGUGGAGGCCCUGGCUAAAGCCACAUAUGAGCGUCUGUUCCGUUGGCUGGUCCACCGCAUCAACAAGGCCCUGGACAGGACGAAACGACAAGGGGCCUCCUUCAUUGGCAUCCUGGACAUUGCUGGCUUUGAGAUUUUCCAGUUGAACUCCUUUGAGCAGCUGUGCAUCAACUACACCAAUGAGAAGCUGCAGCAGCUCUUCAACCACACCAUGUUCAUCCUGGAGCAGGAGGAGUACCAGAGAGAAGGCAUCGAGUGGAACUUCAUCGACUUUGGCCUGGACCUGCAGCCCUGCAUUGACCUCAUUGAGAGACCGGCCAACCCACCAGGGGUCCUAGCUCUUCUGGAUGAAGAGUGUUGGUUCCCCAAGGCCACAGACAAGACCUUUGUAGACAAGCUUAUCCAAGAACAAGGAACGCACACCAAAUUCCAGAAGCCCCGUCAGCUCAAAGACAAGGCUGACUUUUGUAUUAUUCACUACGCCGGCAGGGUGGACUACAAGGCAGAUGAGUGGCUGAUGAAAAACAUGGAUCCUCUGAAUGACAACGUGGCCACACUUUUGCAUCAGUCCACUGACAAGUUUGUUGCUGAACUUUGGAAAGAUGUUGACCGCAUUGUAGGCUUGGACCAGGUGGCAGGAAUGAAUGAAACGGCAUUCGGCGCAACCUACAAAACCAAGAAGGGCAUGUUCCGCACAGUGGGCCAACUUUACAAGGAGUCCCUCACCAAACUUAUGGCCACACUCCGCAACACUAAUCCUAACUUUGUACGCUGCAUCAUCCCCAACCACGAAAAGAGAGCUGGUAAGCUGGAGCCCCACCUAGUUUUGGACCAACUGAGGUGUAAUGGAGUUCUAGAGGGGAUCCGUAUCUGUAGACAGGGCUUCCCCAAUCGCAUAGUCUUCCAGGAGUUCAGACAGAGGUAUGAGAUCCUGACACCCAACGCCAUCCCUAAGGGAUUCAUGGAUGGGAAACAAGCCUGUGAGAGAAUGAUCCGAGCACUGGAGCUGGACCCCAACCUUUUCCGUAUUGGUCAGAGUAAGAUAUUCUUCAGAACUGGUGUCCUCGCCCAUCUGGAGGAGGAGAGAGACCUGAAGAUCACUGAUAUAAUCAUCUACUUUCAGUCUGUCUGUCGUGGAUACUUGUCACGCAAAGCCUUUGCCAAGAAGCAGCAGCAGCUGAGUGCCCUGAAGGUCCUACAGAGGAACUGCUCUGCCUACCUGAAGCUGCGACACUGGCAGUGGUGGAGGCUCUUUACCAAGGUGAAGCCCCUGCUCCAGGUGACCAGGCAGGAGGAGGAGAUGCAGGCAAAAGAUGAAGAACUGAUCAAAGUGAAGGAGAAACAGAUGAAGGUGGAGAACGAGCUGGUGGAAAUGGAGAGAAAACACCAGCAGCUCAUAGAGGAGAAGAACAUCCUAGCUGAGCAGCUCCAGGCUGAGACAGAGCUGUUUGCUGAGGCUGAGGAGAUGAGAGCCCGCCUGGCUGCCAAGAAACAGGAGCUCGAGGAGAUCCUCCAUGACCUGGAGUCCAGGGUAGAAGAGGAAGAGGAGAGGAACCAGAGCUUGCAGAAUGAGAAGAAGAAGAUGCAGUCGCACAUUCAGGACCUGGAGGAGCAGCUUGAUGAGGAGGAAGCUGCACGACAGAAGCUACAGCUGGAGAAGGUGACUGCCGAGGCCAAGAUCAAGAAAAUGGAGGAAGAUAUUCUGCUGUUGGAGGACCAGAACUCCAAGUUUCUUAAGGAGAAGAAGCUUCUUGAGGACAGGAUCAGUGAGAUGACCUCCCAACUGACAGAGGAGGAGGAGAAGGCCAAGAAUCUUGGCAAGGUCAAAAACAAGCAAGAGGUGAUGAUGGUUGACCUGGAAGAGCGUCUAAAGAAGGAGGAGAAGACCCGCCAGGAGCUAGAGAAGGCCAAGCGUAAGCUCGAUGCUGAGAACACAGAUCUACAAGACCAAAUUGCUGAGCUCCAGGCCCAGAUAGAGGAACUAAAAGUCCAACUGGCCAAGAAGGAGGAGGAACUACAGGCUGCUCUGGCCAGGGGUGACGAGGAGUCUGCCCAAAAGAACAAUGCCCUGAAGCACGUUCGGGAACUCCAGGCCCAGUUGGCUGAACUUAAAGAGGACCUGGAAUCAGAAAGGGUUUGCAGGACUAAAGCUGAGAAACUCAAGAGAGACCUGAGUGAGGAGCUGGAGGCUCUGAAGACCGAGUUGGAGGAUACGCUGGAUACUACUGCAGCCCAGCAAGAACUCAGGACCAAGCGAGAGCAGGAGGUAGCAGAGCUGAAGAAGGCCAUAGAUGAGGAGACAAAGAACCAUGAAGCCCAGAUCCAGGAUAUGAGACAGAGGCAUGCCAUCGCACUUGAAGAGUUGUCUGAGCAGCUUGAACAGGCUAAGAGGUUCAAGUCCAACCUGGAGAAGAACAAGCAGAGUCUGGAGAAUGAUAACAAGGAGCUGACCAAUGAGGUGAAGGGCCUGCAGCAGGCCAAGGCAGAGUCAGAGCACAAGAGGAAGAAACUGGAGGCCCAGCUGCAGGAGUUCAUGGCCAGGGCUACUGAGGGAGAGAGGGCCAAGGGAGAGCUGGCUGAACGCUCACACAAACUACAGACGGAGCUGGACAAUGUGUCUGCCUUGUUGGAGGAGGCAGAGAAGAAGGGCAUCAAGCUGGCCAAGGAUGCUGGGAGCCUGGAAAGCCAGCUGCAGGAUACACAUGAGUUACUCCAGGAGGAGACGCGUCAAAAGCUGAACCUGAGCAGCCGCAUCCGCCAGCUGGAGGAGGAGAAGAACACCCUGCUGGAGCAGCAGGAGGAGGAUGAGGAGGCGCGACACAACCUGGAGAAACAGCUGCAGACCCUGCAGGCUCAGCUGUUUGAGACAAAGAAGAAGUUGGAGGAGGAUGUGGGGGUGAUGGAGGGCCUGGAGGAAACAAAGAGAAAGCUCCAGAAGGACAUGGAACUGACCAGCCAGCGCCUGGAGGAGAAGGCCAUGGCUAUGGACAAGAUGGAAAAGACCAAGAACCGCCUGCAGCAGGAGUUGGAUGACCUCAUGGUGGACCUGGACCACCAGAGACAGAUCGUCUCCAACCUGGAGAAGAAGCAAAAGAAGUUUGAUCAGAUGCUAGCUGAGGAGAAGAUGGUCUCGGCACGCUACGCAGAGGAGCGUGACCGUGCGGAGGCUGAGGCCAGGGAGAAGGAGACCAAGGCUCUGUCCAUGGCCAGAGCUCUGGAGGAGGCCCUGGAAGCCAAGGACGAGCUGGAGAGAUUUAACAAACAGCUGCGCACUGAAAUGGAGGACCUGAUGAGUUCUAAGGAUGACGUCGGCAAGAACGUCCAUGAGCUUGAGAAGUCCAAGCGCACGCUGGAGCAGCAGGUGGAGGAGAUGAGAACCCAACUGGAGGAGCUGGAGGAUGAACUGCAGGGGACAGAGGAUGCCAAGCUGCGUCUUGAGGUCAACAUGCAGGCCAUGAAGGCUCAGUUUGAAAGAGAUCUUCAGACCAGGGAUGAGCAGGGGGAGGAGAAGAAGAGGGCAUUGGUGAAACAGGUGCGAGAGAUGGAGGUCGAGCUGGAGGAUGAGAGGAAACAGCGGGCACUGGCUGUGGCUGCAAAGAAGAAGCUGGAGAUGGACCUGAACGAGCUGGAGGGACAGAUAGAGGCGGCUAACAAAGGCAGGGAUGAGGCCAUCAAACAGCUCAGGAAACUCCAGGCCCAGAUGAAGGAUUACCAGAGGGAACUUGAGGAGGCCAGAGCUUCCAGAGAUGAGAUCUUUACUCAGUCCAAGGAAAAUGAGAAGAAACUCAAGAGCUUGGAGGCCGAAAUCUUACAGCUACAAGAGGACCAUGCAGCCUCAGAGAGGGCCCGUCGACAUGCAGAACAGGAGAGGGAUGAGCUCGCUGACGAGAUCUCCAACAGUGCAUCUGGAAAGUCAGCACUUUUGGACGAGAAGAGGAGGCUGGAAGCUCGUAUUGCCCAGCUGGAGGAGGAACUGGAGGAGGAACAAAGUAACAUGGAGUUGCUUAAUGAUCGCUUUAGAAAGACUUCCAUGCAGGUGGACACCCUGAACACAGAGCUGGCCGGGGAGCGCAGUGUGGCUCAGAAGAGUGAGAACGCAAGGCAACAAAUGGAACGUCAGAACAAGGACCUGAAGGCCAAGCUAGGAGAACUGGAAGGAGCUGUCAAGUCAAAGUUCAAGGCCUCUAUCGCUGCCCUGGAGGCCAAGAUUUUGCAAUUGGAGGAACAGCUGGAGCAGGAGGCUAAGGAGAGAGGCGCAGCCAAUAAGAUCGUCCGCAGAACAGAAAAGAAACUGAAGGAGGUGGUGAUGCAAGUCGAGGAUGAGCGUCGCCAUGCUGACCAGUACAAGGAGCAGCUAGAGAAGGCCAACUCCCGUAUGAAGCAGCUGAAGCGCCAGCUGGAGGAGGCAGAGGAGGAGUCCACCAGGGCCAACGCCUCCCGCAGGAAGCUGCAGAGGGAAUUGGAUGACGCCACAGAGGCCAGCGAGGGCCUUACCCGGGAGGUCAACUCCCUCAAGAACCGACUCAGGCGUGGAGGCCCUGUUAGCAGCUUCUCAUCCGGCCGCUCAGGCCGCCGGAACCUCAAUCUCGACGGUGCCUCUGUGGACCUAUCAGAUGAAGACGCUGACAGCCGCGCCGGCGACCUCAACGAGACACAAGCCUCCAACAUCGAGUAGACACAGAAAUCCUCCCCCUCCCCCACGCCGCCAAAACAACUACCUACCUGUCCUGCUAAGGCCAGGGCCGACCUUCACCAAGGAACCUCACCAUCAAGAUCACUUUAGUCCCGUUCGAAAACCGCUGGACUCAAGAUGUCCGAAGAGGUGGUGGUUUCUUUUGGUGAGCCAGGUUAGGCCUGGCCGGCAGCAUGCCAGACUUCUGCCUCCUUUCCUUUAUAGUCCUGACUGUCAGCUCUGCAGGGAAAAACCUCCACCCAUAUCCUGAAUAGGCUCUCCAUUCCUGGGGAACCAAGAGGGACAAAACGGACAGCUCUUCCUCAUCAUUUUACUCUGCUACUCUGGCAAGCUGCUAGUCCUGGCUCGUCCUCUGGCCAUGUAUCUUUUCGUCAUAUUGUCCCACCCCACCACCAUUUUCCCAUAGGCUUAAAAUUAUGUGCUCAGCUUAAUGAGAACGUAUGCGUAGGUACAAAGUGCUUUUUAUACAUAUGACCUGUGCGUGCAUGUGUGUGUGUGUGUGUGUGUAUGCGUGUGUGUGUGUUUAUAAUGGAAGUGGAGGUCGGCGGAGAGUACAGUUGAAGUAUGUAAUGUUAUGUGAACGCACUCCCUUCUGGAAACGCAGGAUUAAAAGGAAACGUCAACUCUGUAGUUGUCAUAGUUCUUCACACUAAACAGUGUUACGUGAAAGCCUGGGAUUCCCCAGCCCAACUCAGUAUCCCUAUUGCUUACAACAGGUCUGAAGGUCGAACAGCUCCACCGGCCAGGUUUAGGCUGAUAGACCGCUGUGCUGCUUUUUUUUUCUUGAACAAGUCUGUACCAUUUGCUCUGGUCUUACACUACAACAUUACUGGAAACAACUAAUAUCUCUGGACAUGUGAUAGAGAUAAGAAAACAGACUGGAGAGACUGCUGAUUUAUCUCACUCCAUCUCAGAAAGGCUAGCUAGUUGUUGCAAGGCAUCUCAUCGGUUAUUAUGUUCACCUGUUUUGUGUGUUUUUUUUUAUGUUUUACAAGCGUUGAUUGAUGAGAUGUGUGGUCAUUGCAUAGAUAUUCAUAGACGAGCACAUCAUCCAAGGAUUGCUCAUGAAAUGCACGGAACUGCACAUUAGAGACGACACCCAUGAAACUGGAAAGAACACACUCGUACGGCAAAGCGUUUGCGUAACCUUUGGCCUUUUUUUUGUAUGUGACACUAAAUGAUUGCGGCUUAGAUAAGAUGUGUAGUUUGACUAGCUAUGGUGAACGCAUGUCAUCUUCUCACUACAUUUAAGUGAUUGUGCCAUGAUUGCAGAUGAACCCUGACUCGUAGACCAGCCCACUAACCCAACCAAGCACUUGGUAUUCUAAGGCGGCUGCCAUGUUUUCUUAAAAAAUUUUAAAAUUGACUUUUUCCUACCCUCAAAUUUUCUUGAAUCUUUUUUUUUCUUCCCCUUUGUAGUUCUGUAUCAGCAGGGAGAAAAAGGAGGCUUGUUUUCAGACAGCUUGAAUACUUGGAUGUACUGCAAAUAGCUUUGUCCAGGGCAGGCGUCACAGCCAAUCUCCCAAGCCACUGCAGUAUUUCUGUCAAUGUGAAUACCAUACAUGCCAGGGCACCCUAACAAUACAGUUUUUAAUUUUCCAUCCAUUAUCCAAACCGCUUAUCCUUACCCAGGGUCACGGGGAUGCUGGAGCCUAUCCCAGCUACUGUUUAUGGAGGAAUUCUUUUGACCGCAAACCCCACCACCACCAGAUAACACUUAAAGGUAUGUUUCUUUUUAAGUGCCUUAGACACUUUGGAGGGUAAGCAGAAGACACAAGGAUUUAACUUGCGACAAACAUGUGGUCUACAAUACACUUAAGACAUGUUUCCAACUCUACCAGACCAAAACAUGUGAAUGGGGGGGGGGGGGAAACAAAAACACUGCUUAAUUUUGUUAACACAUUUUCUUUGCCGUGUGUCUUCAUAUCAUAUCCAGUACAUACCUCGCUCCUGUUCAAAGUAAUCACCUAGCUAAUGUUGGGUCAUAAAAAAAAAUAUUAUAUGAUUAACUGCAUGGGAUGAGAGCUCUCUCCUUCUCGCGCAGUUCAUUUUCCAGAAAAGCAUAUCACACUAAGGUCAUCUGUCCUCCAGUUAGUUUGACUAAACGGCAUCUGGAAGCUCUUGGUACCAAAACGCUUUAGGGGGGAACUGUGUCUGCAUGGGAUUUCAUUUUGGUUAAAAGCUUUAACACUCAUGAGGUAGUAAAUUUUUUUUCUUUUUUCGGCUGGCUGUUGACAACCAGGCAUUCCAACUGCAAAUCCUCCCCAACUUUAUUUCCUGUAUACCCGUAUUUCUAGACGGUGAUUUUUUGUUUUGUUUCAUUUGUUUUUGU